AUGGGAGACUUCGACUGCCACGCCCUUCAUGGCGAUGCCCUGCGAGCCUCCGGUGAACCUAUCGCUCUCCCGCCAAAUACCAAUCUCACAAAGUUCAAGGCCUUCAUUUCGCGGGUGACAAGUGUAGUAGAUGAAACAAAUGUUCAAAUCAUCCUGAGUCAUGAUGACAUUGCUCAGGAAGAAUACACAGACCCCUCCAGAGCUCAUGACAUGUUUCACAUCCUCGAUAAGACGCAUUUUAUCUCCUCGGCUGUGGUUGCACCUAAGAAUGUUGUCGAUGUCCAAGACAUCAUAAAAUUGGCUAACGAAUUUGAGAUCCCAGUCUGGCCUUUUUCCAAGGGUAGAAAUAUCGGCUAUGGCGGCACUGCCCCAAGAGUGCGCGGCAGUCUUGGUAUCGACUUGGGCAAGAACAUGAAUAGAGUGUUGAAAGUUGAUCCUCAGAGUGCCUAUGCCUUGCUCGAGCCUGGGGUGUCUUACUUUGACCUCCAUGAGUAUUUGGUUACGCACAACUUGCGGGAUCAAGUGUGGGCGGACGUACCUGAUGUCGGUGGCGGUUCGGUUAUUGGGAACGCGCUCGAAAGAGGCACUGGAUAUACCCCAUAUGGUGAGCACUGGAUGAUGCACUGCGGACUGGAGGUUGUCUUGCCCGAUGGCUCACUCCUCCGCACUGGGAUGGGUGCUUUGCCAAACCCUAAAGCGGACAAGAGCAUACCACCACAUGAACAGGAACCAGAUGAGAGCUGGCAGAUAUUUGACUGUAGCCUCGGCCCGCAUAGUGCUGGUAUAUUCUCUCAGUCCUCUCUCGGAAUCGUCGUGAAGAUGGGAAUUUGGCUUAUGCCUAACCCUGGCGGGUAUCAGGCGUACAUGGUCACCUUCCCCAGGGACAAUGACUUGAAUCAGAUCGUGGAGAUACUCCGACCUUUGAGAAUCUUCGGGGUAAUUCAGAACACACCCAAGCUGGAUAACGUCCUGGUUACCGCGGCCGUCCAGGGCCACCGCACCGAAUACACCAAUUCUGACAUGCCCCUAACUGACCACCAGUUAGAUGAGGUCGCUAAAAAGCUCAGUAUCGGUCGCUGGAAUCUCUACGGAGCGAUGUACGGCCCACCCAUCAUUCGUGACGCUCUCUGGUCCAUCAUCAAAGCAUCCUUCAGCAAGAUCCCCGGCGCCAAGUUCUAUUUCCCCGAAGAUCGUCCCAACGACAUCGUUCUACAAACUCGAAGCAAUACAAUGCAAGGUAUCCCAUCCACAACCGAGCUUGGGUUGCUAUCCUGGCUCCCCAACGGCGGACAUCUGUUCUUCUCUCCGAUCGCCAAAGUAACUGGCCCCGAUGCCAAAGCACAGUACGGCCUCACCCGCCGCUUAAGCGAGGAAUACGGAUUCGACUUUAUUGGGGUGUUCAUCAUCGGGGCCCGUGAGAUGCACCACAUCGUCUGCAUCCUGUUUGAUCGGAAAGAUCCCGAUGCAAGCCGUCGAGCCCAUGAGCUUAUUCAGGUCCUGAUCGCCGAGGCGGCGGAUCGGGGGUGGGGUGAAUACCGCACUCAUCUCGCGUUGAUGGACCAGAUUGCUGAGACUUACAACUUCAAUGAGAAUGCGCAGAUGAAGUUGAACGAGAAGUUGAAGAACACGCUUGACCCGAAGGGGAUCUUGUGUCCGGGAAAGAAUGGUAUCUGGCCUGCCAAUUACCUCCGACGGGCCGAACCGAUCCGCCAAAUCAGAACCUCCCAUGGCACCGUUGGCACUUGGCAGCAGCAACAGAAAGUCGGUUUCUGUCCAACAUUGGAACAAUGA